UAGAAUUCAGAAAUAGUAAGUAAUUAAAAAAACAUGAAAUAUUGCUGUUUAUUGCAAGGAGAUGGAAUAUCAAAGUCACAAGCAGCAUUAGGAGACCACACAUAGAGUCCUGAAUACUGUUUUGGCCUCCUUAUUUAGGACGAAUUUACUUGUAUUCAAAGUGAUUCAGAUUGUGUUUAUUCCUGGGAUAAAGGGUUGUUUUCUGAGAAAAUGGAGAGUUGUUUGAACCUAUAGGCACUUUAGAGGAUGAAAGGUGAUCUUAUUGAAACAUAAAAGUCUUUCAGUGGAUCUUUCCCUGGUUAAAUUAGAACAUCGGGCAUGGUUUUAAAAUAAAAGAUCUACCAUUUUAGAAACAGAUGAGUUUUUGUUUUCUCCCAAGCUGUUAAUCUGUGAAAAUCAUUGUUCCAGUUAGCACUGGAGGCUGGACAUUGGAAGUAUUCAAGGUUGAGUAAGAUAGGUUUUUUGAUCAUCUGGAAAAUAGGUUACAUUUCUAACUUCUCAGUCUGUAUCAAGUCAGUCUGAGAUGCUGAGUGAAGGUACGCUACUAAAUUGGGGAGUGAGCCACCAAAUGCUGAUCAAGUAAUUGGAUUGGUUGGUGUUAAGAUCUCUCUGAUGGAUAAACUAAGGUGCUGAAUGAUCUUUCUCAUUUAUAAUCAGUUUAGGCAGAUUUGGGAAUAGAUUUUCUGCUUAUCACCAGUGGGGAAAUACUGAAUGGAGAAAAUCAAAUAAUUUGCUGAACACAAAAAAUGAGGAAAACAGCAAAAAAUUGAAUAGAGGUAGGAAUCUUUAGGCUUGAUAAUAUAUAAGAAGCAAGUGUUCACCUUGUCCUCAGAAAUUGUAAUUUAAUCAAUUGUGAAACUUAAACCUAAAGUAAACACUAAUGGCUACAAAGGUUACUUUGGGAUUGACAUCCUGAAAGGUGACAUGCACUUUAGUGCAACAAUGACUCCGGUUGACUUGGUUCAAACUCCGCUUUAAAACAGCUCUGAAUGUUGAAUUUACAUAUUUAAGACAAAAUAAAAUUGUUUUUUAAUGGUUUUUUUUUUGGUUGUAGAGAUGGUGAUCGGAAGAGUAUGAGCACAGAAAGGACAUUCCAUGAAAUGAGUAAAGCAGCAGAGCAGUAUAGCUUAUGUCAUGAACUUUGUCAUGAUCUUGAAGAAGAUCUUCAAAAGGAGGGACUAAAGGGGAAAACAGUAACUCUAAAGCUGAAGAAUGUAAACUUUGAAGUGAAGACCAGAGCCUGCACAGUUCCAGCACCAGUUUCUAAAGAAGAAGAAAUAUUUGCAGUGGCACAUGAGUUGCUGAAAACUGAGAUUAAUAACAUGCAUCCUCAGCCACUAAGACUGAGACUUAUGGGUGUGCGGGUGUCUGGGUUUGUCCAACAAGAGGAAAAAAAAUCUGGCCAGAAAAGCAUCACCAAAUUUUUGUUUACUGGAAAGUCUGAGAGCACCACUAUGUCUGACAAUCCAGUUGUCAAGGAUCAAGCAGAACUUUCAGAAGUACCCAAAACAGAGAGUCUUUUCAGUAAAAGGUGCCAACAAAGCAAUCAACAAUCCUUUUUCAACCAGGUUCUUGCAAAGAAACAACAAGGAAGGUACAAACCUGCUGGAACAAUCCCACCAGGCACUGAUGGUGAGGGCAGCGGUCUAAACCCAAAAUUAAAGGCUACCAGUAUUUGUCCAAUAUGUUUCAAAAGGCAGGGCAUACCAGUUUUAGAGACAUUUAACAAGCGUCAUGAUGAGUGCCUAUAUGUAACUAGGCCUCUUGAAGUUGCAGAGACUAUAGGAGAAUCAAAAGCAAGUUAUAUAAAGACAACAUCUGGCUUGGAUAAUAAUUUGAAAAAUGCAAUCAUCAAUCUAAAAAGUGAUCAGUUAAAUCAGAGACCUUCAGAAACAUAUUUACAAGGAGAAACCAAAAAUAACAGCAUUAACUGGGAAGCUUCAACAAACAAUAGUACGUGUUAUAUUGGGCAACCUGGUGACCAAAGAAAUAUUAAAACAAUACUUACAAAUCAUGUGCAACUUCCUAAUAGUGCAGCAAAAUGCUUGGCAUUCACGAAGGAUGAAGAUAUGUUCGAAGAGGAGUUUUCAGACUGCAACCAAAAGAGCAUCAAAUUAUCAAGUAAAUAUACUAACAUGACGCAGAAGGAGAAGCAAUUUAGUCUGCAAGAAUCAAGUCCAGGCAUGUUAAAUCAACCUUCAUUUGUACAAUAUGACCAGUUAAUGCAGGGAACUGAACAGCAACAGUCAAACCAGUUACUAAAGAACACCAGAUCAUCACAGGAAAGGCCUACUGUUCAGUUAGAGGAACCAGUUGGCCUAGUUUGUCCAAUUUGUAACAUUAACCAAGAAACAACUGAUCUCUCAUUGUUCAACAAGCACGUUGACAUUUGUCUAAAUCAAGGGGUUAUACAAGAACUAACUGAAAGACCAACACACUCAUGUACCACAGAAUGCAAUUCAAAUGAAAUGGGUCCGACAGUGUUGGGGAAACAGCCUUCAAAUUCAAGCAUUCGAACUAAAAGAACUGGAUCCACAACCCAGCAACAAAUAACCAAGAAAGCAAGAUGUAAUGGUUCCAAAAACACCAUUGAUAGAUUUUUUAAAUAAAUAAGCUAAUAAAACAAACUGAUUUAAAAUAAAUUAAUUGUCAUUUUGAUAAUGCACAGUGUCCAGUACAUGUUAUAAAGCACUUUUGUUUAUAUAGUUGGUAUAGUUUAUAUAGUUUAUUUUCACUUUUAUCAAUUUGUUGAGCAAUUGUUCCAUAGAUAUUUAAGCCAGAAAUUUUAGAUGUCAAGAUAAAUUAUAAUGACUAUCAGUAAUAUAUAAUUACUUUUCCAGACUGAAUUUAAAUAGAUAUGGAAUCAUGAAAUCUGUUCUUUAAACUAAGAACAAUGCAAGUUUUUUAAUCCUGGAAAAUAUAAAUCAAGAAAUUUAAAAUAUCAUGUAAUAUUCAAAAGUGUGUAAAAGACUUUUUUUUAUAGUAAAAAUUUUUUCAAUCAUUUAUGUUUGUAUAAAAAGAUCGCUAUUCAUGUACUCAAUUUAUUUAUCAAAAGAUGCAAGUGUAUUUUAAAAAAUAA